AUGACCCUGGGCGUCCAGAAGACAAUCCAGAAAACAAGCGCAGGUGCAGACACCAAGUCAGGCGACAACGGUCCGGUUGCAAUCCCAGAGGAUUUCACGGUGGACAAGGAUGCUCGCUAUACUGGCUCCGUCAUUGACUUCAACAAGUGGAGGGGAUUUGGGCACAUCGCGAUGGACCAAAAGGGGGUCGUGCCCGGAGACAAGGUCUUCAUCCACUGGAAGAAUAUUCAGACAGACGACCGUUUCCCACGCUUGCAGCAAGGACUGCAGGUGGAAUUUGGUUUGGUUGUUUCUCAGGAGUGGCGAGGCUGGAACAAGGUUCGCUCGCUAAAGGCCAAAACUCUGACGCUCCCUGGCGGAGGCAUGGUGAACAUCCAGGAUGCCAUGGAUGCAGAGAGCAUGUCGUUUGUCGGUGCGCAGAACUUCCGCUACACUGGCACCGUGAAGUUCUUUGACCAGUUUCGAAAUUUUGGCUGGGUGGUCAUAGAUGACGGCUUCGCUUUGGAUGAACCUGUGCCUAAGGAGAUAAAGGUGGAGGGCGAGGAGCUGAACACAGCUGGAAAGCCACUGCGGAUGAGAAUCGACAAGCUGGCUAUCGAGUUCGGUAUUGUCAAGAGCAAGAAAGGAGACUCCUAUAUGGCGUACAAUGUCACUCUGCCAGGCGGCGCGCCAAUCACUCAGGAAGCCAUGGAGCACCGCAAGGAAGAAGGUGGUCAAAGGUAUACUGGCACCGUGCAAUGGUGGCAGCGGUGGCAGGGCUGGGGGCAUAUUGUCCCUGAUGAUGACCAGAUUCUACCAUCGGCAGUGCAGGAGAAGCUAGAGAUGGCAGUGACGCAGGCAGCUGCAAAGGGAAAGGCUGAUGGAAAGCCUCCAGAGAAGCUGCUGUAUUUCCGCAAGGAUGACUGCGAGUGGACUUUGCGGCCAGAGUUGGGGAAGAAAGUGUCCUUCACUGUUUAUGUGGAUGACAAGGGUGCAGGCGCCAAGGAUGUCAUGCCUGUCGACUGA